AUGAUUCAGCUGCCAAAAACACAGAAAUCUGUCCAAAUUAUACAGCAAUCAUCUGUCGCUGAGAGUACUGCCGGCAAAGGUUCGGCGGUCUGGCACGAAAUACAGAUCAAAGAAAGCCCGUUCGAGAUUCCAGAACGAAAUAUCGAAAACGAGAAGAACCAGCAAUCAGACGACCCGAUCCUAACGAUCAAGAUCAAGUCUUUUGCUUUUAACCAUCGGGACGUGUGGAUCCGCAAAGGUCUCUAUCGGAAGAUCAAGUUCGGUUCGACUCUGGGCUCGGAUUGUUUCGGCACAGUGAUUUCUCCAAGCGAUCAUCACCUGUCGGGGAAAGAUGUGUUAGUCUACCCGGCCGUAAAUUGGUUAAACGAUCCUCGCGGCGGUCCGGAUGUGCCCGGAAAGGAAUUUGGAAUCCUCGGGGGGACCCACGAAACCGAUGGCCUUGGCACGUUCACCGAUCACAUCAACAUCCCCGCGAGCCAUUGUGUGACGGCCCCCAGCCAUUUGGAUCUCAUGUCCGCCUCGGCUGUCCCUCUGGCCGGCCUCACCGCCUUCAGAGCGGUGUUCAAUAAGGGACAGGUCAAGCCGUCCUCAAAUAUCUUGAUCACUGGCAUCGGCGGCGGCGUCGCAAUCUGGGCUUUGCAGUUCUGCGUUGCUAUCGGCGCAAACGUUUGGGUCACGAGUAGCAGCGAGCAAAAAAUAGAGCAGGCUUGUCGAUUGGGUGCCAAGGCUGGUGUAAACUACACCGAAGAUUCCUGGCCUCAGCGUUUGGCGUCUUUACUUCCAUCCGAAACCCAAUACCUUGACGUGGUGAUAGACUCAGGGGGAGGCGAUAUCGCUCAGAAAUGCAGCAAAAUCUUACGUCCCGGUGGAAUUAUUGUGAACUUUGGCUGCACCUCUGGCCGUCCCCUUUCGUUUACAAUGGCAGAAGUGUUGAAGAACUUGGAACUGCGAGGAUGCACGAUGGGGUCAUUGAAAGAGUUCAAAGAGAUGGUCGCAUUCGUCGAUAAGCACACUAUCCAGCCUGUCGUCUACAAGACUCUACGCGGCUUUGAGCAGGUCGAAGACGGCUUUCAAAUCGUGAAGGCCGGUCAACAGUUUGGAAAAGUCGUGGUAGUCAUAGACCCGGAAAACUACCAUAAACUUUGA